CUUCUUGCGGCGGCACUUUUGUAAACAACGUGGGUGCGGAAUUUUCUUUACAGCACUUGGAGGAUUAAACCAAAAGAAAUGGCUACACCGAACAUCCAGCUGGGGGAUUAUAUCAUCAUACAGCGACAGAAGUACACGAAACUUCAGAAGUUUGGCAACAUCGAUGCAACGGCACAGCUGGGGAAGGAACAAUUGGAGCUAAAUGCGCUCCUUGACCAGCCCUACGGCUCCACGUUCAAGAUGUGUGUGAAGGAGUCGAAGGCGGGCAAGCGUGGCGCCCAACGCCAACACACACUGAAGCUGUGCAGCGAGACUGAGUUGCGAGACAUUCGGGCAGUGCUGGGGAUAUCGAGUAGCGGCGAGGACAAUCGGGAUAUAUGCGAUAAUGGAGAGGCGCAGGCUCUGAAGUCAGAGGACAUUGAGCAGCUGCGAGAGGAGUGCAACGAGAGCAGCAAAAUUAUUGAAAAGCUUGUGGAGAACUCGAAGACCUUUCACACACGCACAGAAUACUCGCAGGAGAAGUAUCUGAAGAAAAAGGAGAAAAAGUACUUUGAAUUUGUGCAGAUACGCCUGCCCAGCAUACGUCUUAUGGCCGACAUAUUCUAUCGCCAGGAUGCAGAGAAGGUGAUGGGCAUACGCGUGGACACGCUUUCCCAAAUCAUAAGCUAUUCGGGCGUGUGCGGCUUUGGCAAUUAUUUGCUCUACGAGAGCGGCACCAAUGGUCUGUUGCCCGCUGCCAUGCUCAAUUCCAUUGGCGCAGCCACGGAGGCCACCCUGGUGCACAUGCAUCCGGGAAAUGUGCCGCAAAAGCAGGCGCUGUUGGCCCUUAAACUGCCGCUGGAGCAGCAGCAGCGUUGCAUAUCCGUCAACUUGUAUUCCGUGCUCCGUGAAUUCUAUCAGGGUGAGGCGCUGCCACCCAUAGCUGGUGAAUCGUCCAGCUUAGAGGACGCAGUACCAGAGUCACUGGCGACGGAACCAAAUUCACCCACAGAACCCACCAGCAAGAAGCCCAAGCUGGAUGAAUCCGAAUGUACAAAUAGAUCCCCCUUGCGCUGGCAGCUGGAAAACAAACGCGCCUGCGCUCUAAUGCAUGCCAAAUUCGAUUGCCUAGUGAUGGCGGCCAAGGAGCAUCCCUCGAGCAUAUUGCAGGCACUACUGCCGCUCCUGAAUUCGUCGCGGCCCAUAGUUAUCUUCAGCACGUGCAAGGAACUGCUCCUGGAAACCUACAUGGAGCUGAAGACCUCUGGCAAGGUUACGAAUCUGCAUUUGACCUCCAAUUGGAUGCGAAUGUACCAAAUACUGCCCAAUCGCACCCAUCCGGAGGUCAAUAUGAGCGGCAAUAGCGGAUAUCUGUUGACGGGCUAUACGCUGAGCAGUGCAGAGAAGACUCAGGAAUAAAGAAACCAUACUCAUAAA